CAGAAGAAGCCGUUAUCAUUGAAGCUGCUCAUGGCAAAUAAAUUAUAUAGUCACUACUAUGAUCGAAAAACUUCUAUGUGAGGUCAUCUAUAAGUUGGAUUGUCAUAUGACUUGAAAGUAUCCAUCCCAACCAUAAAUAACUUCGCAGCCUUCCAUUCCUGUUCGAAAUCAUGACAACCUUCAACCCCCGCGGUCUUGGCGAUGUCAAAGUCACAGAUCGAUUCGACCUCAGCAACAAGUAUUUCCUCAUCACAGGAGGCGGCAGCGGUAUUGGCUUCGCCUGCGCAAAAGCCAUAGCCCAGCUCGGCGGUGGUGUUGCUGUAAUUGACACAGCUCCCGAACCAGUAGAAGAGUUCAAAUCCCUAGCCGAGCGUUACAGUAUCAAGACUUUUUAUACCCGAGGCGAUGUGACUAAUCAACAGUCUCUUGAAAAGGCAUUCGCAGAGUGCGUUGAUGCCAUGGGGGGACAACUCCAUGGAGCGCUUACAGCAGCUGGCAUUGUCAUGGAUACACCAUUACUCGAUGCAGAUUGGGAAGUCACUCAACGAGUCCUCAACGUCAAUGUUAUGGGGACAUACUGGACUAUCAAGCUUCUCGCACAACAUCUUGUUGAGACCAAAACUCCUGGAAGUAUUGUUGCGAUCGCAAGUAUCAACGCUCAGAGCCUUUAUGUGCCAGUGCAGCCGAAGUCUGCUUAUAAUGCCAGCAAAGCUGCUAUCAAGGGCCUUAUGGGACCUUUGGCUGGAGAGUUGGGUCAAUAUGGGAUCAGAGUCAACUGUAUUUCGCCAGGUGCUAUUCAAACCCCUUUAUUGGCACGCUUACAAGGAGAGAAGCGGGCUAUUCUUGACUGGUAUGAGAAUGGAUCGCCAUUGCAACGGCUUGGUGUGCCGGAGGAUCUGACACCUAUGGUAUGCUAUUUAUUGAGCGAUGCAGCUGCGUUUACAACAGGUGCAGACAUGCUGGUUACAGGUGGGUUACAUGCAGGGUCAGCUCUGAAGUGAAGAGUCGGCACAGGAGUGAGAGGGUGUAGAUGACGUUAGAGUGGGGUUUUGGAGCCUGAGUAUUGUGAAAAGAAAGAGAUGUUGAGAUUAAGCGAAGAAAUAAAGUCACAUAAGAAAUGUCAAGCAUGAUUUCUUAUAGAGUUCUGAUUUCCCGUUGAGCGUACCCAACAGACACAGACGGUGUUCAAGUUUCCGACUCAGUUCUUACUUUGCCCGUGGCGGAUGUUUGGACCUCCUUAGCUCAGGAUAGUUGCAAUCCAAAC